UUGCGACCAGCUCAGGAACAGUCCUCAGACCUGUGGCCAAUAAAUUGUAGCAGCAAAACUCAGAGGAACAGAUGGAAUUUCCCAGUGUUUUUCAGCAGAACACAUCAAAGGAGGAGGAGGAGAUGGAGAAGAAAGAGGAAAGGGAGAACUAAUACUAUUAGUAGGACUCUUAUGCUUUGUUUUAAAUAUACAUUCAAAUAAACAAAUCACCAUACUCUUCCCCAAGCCAAAUACUUAGAAAUCCUGACUGUGCUUCAAGCUUUGCUCUCCAAAAAUAUCUGGUUUUUGGCCGCCAGUUAGUUACACGUGUUACCCGAUUUUCCCCCUCCCCUCUAAAUCUUAGCCCCACAUUGGCUCCCUCUUUGUGCCUGAUUAAUACGGUGCUCAAGCCAGGAAGUGAAAAACAUUGAUUGCAGGCAAUAGGUCCCUCUUCAGACAGUACUGAUGCCCUUCUGUGCUAGGAGUUGGGUAUGUCUGGCUGGGAGAAGGACCCCCCUUUGAAGGAAGCCAGGAUGCCUUCUCUGGCCCUUCCAUGGCCCCCAGUAGCCGCACGGAAUAAAAAUGAUAGUAGAAGGAGCCAAGGAUGCCCAUCCCAAACUAAGAUGGUGCAGAGAAUCCCUUCAGUUCCUCCUGCUCAAAUUGCAGAUGACAGAGGUGCAAGGUGGGGUCUGCAGAAGAUAAAGUGAUAAAGAGUUGUGGGGAUUUCCUGGGCCCGCCCUUUUGUUAAGCAAAGCUGUUUGCAUAAGCUGGCUAGUGACUCCCUUCCUUGCAGCUAUUCUGUUCAUGAAAAGAAGUCUGGAUCUCCUCUUUGUUUGUCUGUUGUCUCCAUUUUUUCCGUGAUGGGAUUACUGUAUCUGGAUUUGCAGCAGAAACCUCCCUUGCAGGGGGAAGGGAAACCCUCCCCCUCCCCCUCCCCUGAGUCUGAGUUCUGGCUCUUCCUCCGCUCAGACAGGCCCCCCCCUUUUCCAUCCCGCUCAGAGCUGAAGGCCCUUGCGGGGACUGCAGGAGGGGCAGCUGGUGCUGAGUCAGACCCCUCCCUCUGGGCUGGACGUGGCCCAGUCAGGAGGAUCCUCAAGCUUAUGGGGGCCUCCACCAAGUGGGACUUGCAGCACAGCCCCACAGAGGCUGGCUUUCCAGGAGCAGAGCCAAACCCCUCCAGCAGGGUCUCCCCGCCGGAAGAGCCAGUGGCUUUGCUUGAAUUGCUGGAGCCAGAAUCGGAGCAAGGAGGAAACCCAUCCAGGGAACAGCAGCAAAGCAGCCACGAGCCCUCAAUGAGUCGGCCUGGCCAGACCCAAGCUCCACAUGGCAUAGACGUAGGACUGGCGUCAGUGUUUACGGUGCCCUUCCUGCUUCGCUCCUUGGUUACCCCAAAGGUGGAGCUUUCUUCCAGCCACUCGGCAGUCAAAACUUUGUGUCGGCUUCCUCUCUGCUUGGAAUCCGCACGUGGCUGAGCCCAAGCCGGCAGUAGGAGGGGAGUGGGCGCUGAGCGUGCCAGGGAGGCUGGAAGGUGACCUCGCUGCCAGCAUCUGGGGAGAAGACGGGGGCCGGGUCGUUUUGGAAGGGCGUUGCCGGAGCUGAAUGAAAAGGUCCGCAGCAAUCCUUGAAAUUCGAGGAACCUGUUUUUGCCCAAGUCCCCAAACACCCCAGGAUUCCUUCUCUGCAAGUUCUAGGCAGCCUCGGAGAAACCCACAAAGCAAGGAGAGGAAAUCUGAUUCCGGUGAGUCACCGGGAGGGACGGACAGCGAGAAGGCAACCGGAGAGAUUGCUCAGAAGCACCGAGGGAUCUGUGGCGGAGCAGCUCCACGGGAGGAGCAGUUGAUCUGCCCCACUUGGCUAGGAAAGGGCGCCUGAGGCCAGUUGGGUCCCUUUGGCGGGGUCUCCGGGCUCAGCGCUGGUCGCCAAGGAGCUCGAUCCCGCCUGUGCCAGGUCGCCCUCCCCAAUGUGCCUGCCAGCGGGGAAGAAGCAUGACGCCGUGAUGGACUCCGCCACCGGAGCAUGGCUGCUCUCGCCCUGGAAGCAGGAUCACCCUGCGCAGCGCUGGGGGCUGAGGCUGCUUUCCCGGUGGCACCACACCCUGCCCCUUGUGGCCACCGUCCUGACGUGGCUGGCCACCGGCUCCACCAUGUCCAGCCUGAACAAGUGGAUUUUUGCCACCCACAACUUCCGCUACCCGGUGCUGCUGUCCUCCUUGCACAUGCUGACGGCCGUGGUGGUGGGCAAACCCCUCGCCAGGCUGCAGGCCAGGGGGUCCGGGCAUCCUGCCCUCCAGCCCAAAGCCAGGCUCCGGGUUUUCCUGCUGAGCCUGACCUUCUGCACCAGUGUGGCUUUCGGGAACCUGGGACUCAACCAUGUCCAGCUGGACUUUGCUCAGAUGGUGUACACCACCACCCCGCUCUUCACCCUGACGCUGUCUGAACUGUUGCUGGGGAAGCGCCACCACCCCCUCCAAUACGCGGCCAUGGGGCCCAUUUGCUUGGGGGCCUCCCUGAGCUUCGUCGGGGAGGUGCACUUCGACCAAGCCGGCUGCUGCUUCCUCUUCGCCGCCACCUUCUUGCGGGGCCUGAAGUCCAUCCAACAAAGUACCCUCCUGCAGGACGAGCAGCUGGACUCCUUGACGCUCCUGUGCCUGACCUCGCUGCCCAGUUUCUGCCUCCUCUUCGUGGCUGCCUGGGGGAUGGAGGUGGGCUCCGCCUGGGAGGGCCUGCUCACCUACGAGGCCGGCCUCUGGACCUGCGUGCUGCUCAGCUGCCUGGGCUCGGUCCUCUACAACCUGGCCAGCUUCUGCAUCCUCUCGCUGACCUCCGCCCUCACCAUCCACGUCCUCGGGAACUUCAACGUGGUGGGCAACCUUCUUCUCUCCCGUUGGCUUUUCGGAAGCCACCUGACUUUGCUGAGCUACGUGGGCAUCGCCCUCACCCUCCUGGGCGUCAUCAUGUACCAUCACUGUGAGCGCAUUGCUGCUUGCUGGCGCUCGCGGGCGGGCCCGGCCAAAAAAGAGUAGGGGGUUUGUGUGCGCACCGAGAAGCGGCUGGGACAGCUACCUUUCCAUCUGCGAGCACAUUCCCUCUGUCUGCCGGACUACAGCAGGCCUUGGGGUCUCCUGGCGGUGGUCACGAUUACCAAACAAUCACCUGCAUUUGCGCAACACGAUUGUGUUGGGUAACCACUGCAGGUUGAAUCUGCUCGGCAAGCAGAGCCAUAGAUUGUGGCUUGUAAACCUCAAAAGUGGGGUUGCACCGUCUCUCCAAACCACAGGACGGCUGAGCACCGUUGUGUAAGUCCCACCGAAAAGCCUUGAGAAGGAAGUUCUCUUCUCCAAACAAGUCCCGGCUCGUCCUGAAUCAUUUUGUAUCCCGGGCGAAAACGACAAUAAACAGUUUUUAGGGACACUGUUGCCUGCCGUGAGACAGCUUAUGGGAAUUCUCAUUUUUUACAAAAAUCCGAGAUGCCAGAAAGUUUUAGCUUUGUUUACGUUUUCUAAGUUAGAGGGAGGAGGUUCCUGCUCUCCACUCUUCCAAAAUCUGGUCUUUGGAAAGAGAUUUAAGUUCUUUUUCAUUAACAGGAUGUCCUACAGGUUUACUGGACCUUAAUCUACAGAAUUUGGGGGAUCUGUUUAUGGUUUAUUUAUUUACUAUAUUUUUAUAAUGCCAUAUUUUCCAAGGAUUCCAGGGGAUUGAACUGGAGUCAUCUCACACCUCUGAAGGGCGUAGCUUGGAAAUGGCACAGGGUGCCAGGACUAAAAUCUUACUUCGGAGAAGUGGGGGGGCUGCGAUUUUGAAACGGAUCAUUACUUUGGCUUUGAGGGGCUGUUGUGAUAACAGGGAUAUUUGGGCCCUUUUUGCUAUGGGGAAUUGGGUGGGGUGUAAAGGACAAAAUAGAGUGUUACACCUCAGGCUUUUAAUUCCGCUCCAUUGCACCUUUUCCUGCCAAAAUAAGUAGAAAAGUGCAGCUCGAAAACUAGCAGUUUUGCCGCUGAAUUUUAACAGUAUGAUCUGGAGUCACUCUGCAGACCCAGAAUGCCAGGGGUUGCCGGCCCCCGAGAUACUCCCUAAUAAAUGCAGCAUUGACUGUUCCUAGUAGAUGAGCCCUAGCAGAACAGGACUUUGCUCGAAAGAUAAUUGUGGGGGGUAGGUGUGCCGCGUUGCACCUCUGGUCUCUGCAAGCCACGUUGUGGCCAUGCCAGUUGCACCCUCUCCAUAAGGUGACUUGAAGGUGUCAUGGUGUUGCUGUCCCUGCAGGAUGGGAGAGAGAAUUCUGCUUUCUCCUAAGGUUUGUCCUAAAGCACAAGUUUGUGCAAAGCUCCUUCUGCGUAGCAAUAUGUCCAGUUAGGGGCAGAGUUGCCCAUGGGCUGGGUGGAGGGAAUGCCUUUCCACCACCGAGUGCCAUCCAGUGGCGAGCAGGUGUAGUGCAGUGUGUCUGCUUCCUUUCACUGCUGCCCUCCGCUGGCCAGAGCUGGUAGUGCAGUCUGCAUACACGUGCAUGAUAUGAUGGCAAGUGUUUGCUUUUUAACUGUGUGGUUGGGUGUGGGAAUGUGAGGGAGAGUGUGUGGCUGUGCUUGUGAGUCUGCAUCCCUGUACGUAUGGAAAGAACUGGACUUCGCUGCUCUUAGGGAAUAGAACCAUCCGUACUGCGGACCUGGUUGGGUGCGUUCCUGGUCCCCAGUUCCUGAAUGCCUUCAAGCCCCUUUGGGGGGCUUUGUGCUUUAGUAUUCUCACAGGGUGAAAUAACGGAGCAGCUUUUCCAACCUGGUGCCCUCCAGAUUCACUGGACCAAUUCCUCUGCUGGCCAGGGAACGAUGGGAGCCGAAGUCCAGCACGGCUGCUGGACGUCAGGCUGGGGAAAAGUAACGUCGGGGGUCCUGCCCCUUUUGAAAAGAAAAGAAAAGCCUGGACUGGCAAGUGUCGAUAAAGGAACGUUGGCACAGAAUGCCCUCAGCCGCAGAGUGUACCCGAGCGUUCUUUUAAAAGCGUCCGUAGUCUGCCUCUUGGCGUUCAGGUCUGCCGUUUGAAAGGGAGCGAUGUCACUUUUGCACAAUGACAUCACGACGCAUCAUCAUGGCUUGUACCAGAAGCCUAUGGUCGCAUCAGGGUGUACCAGCAACUGUAAAUUAUUUCUUAGCCCCUCGGCAGAAGACUGUCUCACGUUGCCGGCUUUUCCUGCCUGGAGGCUGGAUGUCUGCUACGGGAACUGGUGUUGUUUUAUUGCCUGUGCCCAGGCUGGAUGCGAAGAGUACAUUAAGCUGUGGUUCGUUUAACUGUGAUCUGAAUAAGCCACCGGGCUGAGUUUGCACAGCAUGCUAAGCCAUAAGCCGCUGCUUAUAAAUCACAAGCCCAAAGGAACCACAUUUGGGCUUAGCAUCAGCAUCGUCCUAGAAUCAGAAUCGUUUGGUGCCAUAGACUGUUAGCUAAACCAUGCCUUGGAGUGACCAGGCGAAUAUCUUUACCAUUACAAAGCCAGUACGGCCAUUCCACAGCAUUAAGCAAGCAUUAAUCAGUUAGCCAACAAUUCAUCUUCUUCCCACGCAGUGCAUAGUGACAGCCGGAGUCCCCUAAAGGUCUACCUGGCCCCCUUUUCAGUCCACCCUCCUGAGAUGCAGUCCUUAAGGACGUUCCUUAUGCCGAGGUCUCCUUGCAAUGGAAAAGGAGCGAUGGAAAAUUCUUGGUGUGGGCUGGAAGAUCUGGCCCUUUUUAAUAUCCAUGCUUCUAGGCACGUGCAGCCCUAAAACUAGCAUGGGGGGAUAUCAGCAAUGCAGCUUGGAUGGAAAGUCAGAACAAUCCAUUCUAGGUGGUGGAUCUGAGAUCAGCCUUUUCCAGUUUGGUCCUUAGCUGAUGUGCUAGAACUACAAGUCCCAGAAUUCCCUGGUGGUUUGGCUGACAUCUUUUCCCCUCUAGUUGUGAAGUCCCUCUAGUUAUGAAGUGAGACUGUACGACUGAUUCCUUUUGCCAGGGCCGGGCCUCCUUAGAGCUGAAUUUCAUGUGGCUAGAGGCCAUAGGAAUGGUAGCGUAUCAUAUAAGCAUGUGGAGCUGAUUUUUAAAAGGGUUAGCAGAAGCAGGUUCAGGGAGUCCUGGGCCCUUCUGCGGUUCCUCCUGGCUUCAUUUAGGAUUUUUAUCUGGAUUGCGGACCUGCAGAUAACCACAGGUUGGCAGCAAUGAGGUACAAAAAAGACUCCCACCUUUUUGCUGCCAUCUAGGGGUACCCCAGUGUCCUGCAGGCCAGAAAAAGCUUGUCCCCAGUUGUCCAUAAAGCACAUAGUAUUUAGUUCCAAAAUGAAGAACGUGGCUGCAUAAGCCAUGUUUUCAGACUCUAGAUAAAACAGAUACUAAACUACAGUUGAGAUAUGUAUUAAGAACCCUGACUUACUUUAGCCAGUAUCAAAACUUGGAUGCCGGGAGAUGGGAGGGGAGGAGAACACGGGCCUGACUUGACAGCCCCUUUUUUAGGGAAGCUGCAGAUGGUUAUGCCCAACUCAACGCUCUUUAUGCCGAGGCUUUCUGCACGAGGUGGCUGUAACAAAACGGGGACAGAGAACCAGAUACGAUUCCUUGGAGAAAAGACAGUGACAAAACCAGAGUGAAGUAAUGGCGGUUUGGAGAGGGGGGUUGAAAUAGCAGAGGGUCAGGCUUCGCCCCAUGGUUUGGCGUGAGGCUUUUCCCUCCGGAGACCCAAGCUUCGUUCAGCUCGAGGCCGGGGCUGGCUGAAGACCCCCGGGUCCGGCUGGCGGGAUUAGACUCUUAGUUGCAGGCGAGGAAGAGGCUUUCAGCCCAACGGCUGAUUUCCCGUUGCAGUGCAAAGAAGUUGCAGCUUUCACGCGGGGCAGGGCUCGGACUCGGGGCUUGCUCUUCCUCCUUUCCAAGUGACCCGUGGGGAGGAUUCACUUGGCGGCUCAGACCUGGUCGCGUGAUGGAUCUCUGUAGCCUGAGCCCCCCACCCGCCUGCCCCCUUCCCAGAUUCAGCCCUGGUUGGGAAAAUGCAGGCACGCGUGGCCCUAGAGGGAGUGGGCAUUCAUUUAAUUAAAGCCUCCCCGAGUCAAGCUUGAUCCCCAGGGACUUCAUAGACUCCUCCAUUGAUCUUUUUUGGCCACAGUAGAGAAGUGGUUUGCUCCACCAGCCCCUGGCAUUUCCUAGUGGCCUCCCAUCCAAAUACUAACCAGGGCUGAUCCAGUUUAGCUUUAACAAUAAAGGCGACAGA